AUGGAUUCUUUCAUGCUGCAAGAUGCGGCGACGAGAGACCGCAUUCGUCAAGCCGAAGAGUUCCUCGAUCCGCACCUUGCCCAAGGCCUCCUGACCCGCCCGUUCGACUAUUCUCUAGCGUUUAAUCAUGCAUUGAAGGAGAUUGUGAAGACUAUCCCGCAAGCACGGCCGGACCAGACUGCUCCUGAUGUCUUGUACUACUGUGCAUGGGCUGGCAGCUUCGGCUUGAACUCUUGCAACCCAAGGACGCUUUCCUCUCAUCAUCUCAAUCACAUGGUUUCGGUGGAGGGUAUCGUGACACGAUGCUCGUUAAUUCGGCCAAAAAUCACGAAGAGCGUUCACUAUAACGAGACGAAGAAUAUCUUUCAAUUCCGAGAAUACCAAGACCAGACAAUGACAAACGGUGUAACGACCUCGAGCGUAUACCCCCAAGAAGAUGAUGAAGGAAACCCAUUAAUUACAGAAUAUGGGUUUUCGACCUACCGGGACCACCAGACUGUUUCUAUUCAGGAGAUGCCCGAAAGAGCCCCGGCUGGCCAGCUGCCUCGGGGUGUCGACGUCAUUCUCGAUGAUGACCUCGUCGACAAAAUCAAACCUGGAGAUAGGGUUCAGCUUGUGGGGAUAUAUCGCUCUCUCGGAAACCGAAACACAAACCACAACAGCGCAGUCUUCAAGACGAUGAUACUCGCAAAUAAUGUGGUGCUGCUGUCUUCCAAAUCGGGCGGCGGCCUUGCUACUGCGACCAUAACGGACACGGAUAUUCGGAACAUCAACAAAAUUGCCAAAAAGAAGAAUCUUCUAGACCUGUUGUCACAAUCUCUCGCGCCGAGCAUUUAUGGCCACGAUUAUAUCAAAAAAGCCAUCUUGCUCAUGCUUCUCGGUGGGAUGGAAAGGAAUCUAGAGAAUGGAACCCAUUUGAGGGGUGAUAUCAAUAUUUUGAUGGUGGGCGACCCGUCUACUGCAAAGUCUCAGCUUCUACGUUUCGUCCUCAACACCGCGCCGCUAGCCAUCGCCACUACAGGUCGAGGCUCUUCUGGCGUUGGUCUAACCGCAGCCGUUACUUCUGACAAGGAAACCGGCGAGAGGAGGCUUGAAGCGGGUGCUAUGGUCAUGGCCGACAGAGGAGUUGUGUGUAUCGACGAGUUUGACAAGAUGUCUGACAUUGACCGAGUCGCCAUCCACGAAGUCAUGGAGCAGCAAACUGUCACCAUCGCUAAAGCUGGCAUUCACACCUCCCUCAACGCUCGUUGCAGUGUAAUUGCCGCCGCCAAUCCCAUUUAUGGCCAGUACGAUACACGAAAGGAUCCUCACAAGAAUAUCGCCCUCCCUGACUCGCUCCUAUCGCGAUUUGACCUUCUUUUCGUCGUGACGGAUGAUGUUGACGAUUCCCGGGAUCGGCGAGUCUCGGAGCACGUUCUGCGCAUGCACCGAUAUCGACCUGCUGGGCUUGAGGAGGGCUUGCCAAUCCGAGAGAAUGCGGGGCAGUCCCUAGGUGUUGCGGCUAACAGCCAAGCGGAUUCUCAACGCCCCACGGAUGUAUUCGAAAAGUACGAUCCCUUGCUCCACGCUGGGGUCACACGGACGUCAGGACGAGGCCAGAACAAAAAGCCGGAGGUGUUAAGUAUCCCAUUCAUGAAGAAGUAUAUUCAGUAUGCGAAGAGUCGAAUAAAGCCUGCGCUUACCCAGGAUGCCUCGGACCGCAUUACAGAUAUAUACGUCGGUUUGCGUAAUGACGAUUUGGAAGGUAACCAACGACGCACUAGCCCUCUGACGGUCCGUACGCUAGAGACCCUCAUCCGGCUUUCUACUGCCCAUGCGAAGGCGAGACUGUCGAGCCGGGUUGAGGAACGCGAUGCUCUGGCAGCUGAAGCUAUUCUGAGAUUUGCUCUUUUCAAGGAGAUUGUCGAGGAUCAGUCGCGAAAGAAAAGAAGGAAGACCCAAACAGUCGAUUGGGCAUCAUCUAGUGACGAGAGCUCGGAUGAUGAGGACGGUGAUGAUGACGACACUAGGAGCUAUCGUGCAACUGCUGGCCGACCGUUGUCUCAGGGCAGAACGACGCGGGCCUCGGGGCGUGCCGGGACCACCGGUCAAGUGUCAAAUGGCACCGGGCAAACGAGCGCAGCACCCAGCUCCCCCGGGAUGCAAGCGCAAAGUGAGAAUGGGGACGAGCUAUACGACGCAACACCUCGGCGGUCGGGACGAAGUAGUGGUGCACCCCAGCGCAGCGCGGAGCUGCAGACGCAGCCAUCCUCUGCAUCCCCUGGCUCAUCCUCUCAGCUGCAGACGCAGCCGGAUGAUAGUCAGGAAGAUGAACGUCUUGCUAGUGUUGCAGCCGGACUCACUAUCGACCCCCCAAUCACCCCUCAACGACUUGCUGUCUUUAGAGCCGCCUUGGGCCAACUUCUGAAUACGGAACUAUUCGGGGACGACGACUCGGCUAAUGUCGAUGAACUCAUCCGGGCUGUGAAUCGCAAGGUUGGGUCUACCGGAGGCGGCAGCUUUAGCAAGCGGGAGGCCAUAAAGGCACUCAAAAAGAUGGAUGAGGCAACCCAGAUAAUGUUUACGGACGGCGAGCUUGUGUACAAACUCUAG